AUGGGCCGCUACACCUUCGGUCGGCUGCAUCUGCUGUUCCGAGGCUCUCCGGAGUAUGAGGCUGCUGCUGUCUCACCGCAUGCAUCACUCUCACCUCUGGUGCACAAGCACUUCGAGAUCCAGGACAUGGCUGGCCGGCGAGUCUUCCUUUCUGAGGCGCAGCUGGUGAUCGCCGAUCCAUUUGCCGAGGUUCAGCAGUGGCAUAUGGAUGCCGCAUCAGGACGAGGACUCUCCGUCUUCCUGCCCCUUCAGAAUGUGGCAGCAGAUCGGGGUCCGCAGGAGUUACUACCCGGGACACAUGCGCUGCACGACUACCGACGUGGCCUCCAAGAGAGAUGCCGGGACUGCUUCCGCAGCCUUUGCGCCACGCACGGCACAGUGAAGACCGCUGAAGGUGCUGAGGUUUGGUCGGCCGGUGAUGCGCUGGUCCUGGAUAGUGGUCUGCUGCACCGAGGCCUUGCAAACGACAGCUUGGGUGCUCCAGUGCCCAUGCUGGUCUUGAGAUACGACUUAGUGGACAAGCCUCCGCCAGGUUGCCGACGCAGCUGGCUGUUGGCCAUGUGCCAAGUCGGGCGCAGCUUAUCCUCGGUUUUCCGGCUCUACGCUUGGAUGUGA